CUUCUUUGAAAGUUGUAAACAUUCACCCAAAAAGUUUCAUCCUUCAGAUUCAGAUACACAUAGCUAGCUGUCAAUAAUUAGUUUUCAAUUCGAACUUCUCAGUAUACGUUUUGUGUAUAAAUGGGGUCGGUCGUUUUUAGAUUAUUGUAUCUCAACAUUUUUCAUUAUUUCAUUUUCUAUCAUUUCGCGUGAAGUUAAAAAAAAACAAAAAUGAAAUUCGCAGAACAUUUAUCCGCCCACAUAACACCAGAAUGGAGAAAACAAUACAUUAACUAUGAGGAAAUGAAGGCAAUGCUGUAUGCUGCAGUUGAACAAGCACCAUCAGCCGAAUUAGUUGACCCAGAGAUCCUGUCUCGCUACUUUGCCAAAUUCGAUGAACAAUUCUUCCAUUACUGCGACAAAGAACUUGCCAAAAUCAAUACAUUUUAUUCAGAAAAAAUGGCCGAAGCUACUAGAAAGUAUGGAAACCUUCGAAGUGAGCUAACAGAAGCUCUCGAAGUUGGCUUUGUUAAGAAACAGCCAGCAUGGAAGACAAAAAAUCCUUUGGGAAAGAAAAAUGUCCCAGCGCGCAAAAUUCAAGACCUCAAACUUGCAUUCAGUGAAUUUUAUUUAGGACUUAUUUUACUCCAAAACUAUCAGAAUCUCAAUUUUACUGGUUUUCGAAAAAUCCUCAAAAAACACGAUAAGCUCUUAAGUGAGGAUUGUGGUGCAAAAUGGCGCAAAGAUAAAGUGGAACUAUCGCAUUUUUAUGUCAACAAAGAUAUUGACCGAUUGAUUCAAGAGACUGAAACUGCAUUCACUCACGAAAUCGAAGCAGGAGACAGACAGAAGGCCAUGAAACGAUUACGAGUACCACCGUUGGGUGAGCAACAAAGCCCAUGGACAACAUUUAAAGUUGGACUAUUUUCAGGAGCUUUUGUUGUCUUAUUGAUAACUGUAAUUCUGUCCGCCAUUUUUCAUGGUUUGGGACCAAAUUGGAGAUCAGCAUUAAGACUUUUCCGUGGACCAUUUCUCAUCAUCGAAUUUCUAUUUCUAUGGGGUGUCAAUGUUUAUGGUUGGCGAUCGUCGGGUGUAAAUCAUGUCCUCAUUUUCGAACUUGAUCCCAGAAAUCAUUUGUCUGAGCAAAAUAUCAUGGAAAUGGCUUCGGUAUUUGGAGUGCUAUGGACAAUUUGUGCUUUGUGCUUCAUAUAUUUUGAUGCUCUUGGGAUUCCUCAAUUUGCCGCUCCAGUAUUUCUCUAUACCGCCAUGACUGUGUUUCUCCUGAAUCCAACAAAGACUUUUCAUCAUGAAGCUCGAUAUUGGGCUGUACGUGUUCUAAGUCGAAUUGUUAUGGCGCCAUUUUUCUAUGUGACUUUUGCUGACUUUUGGCUGGCUGAUCAAUUGAAUAGUAUUGUGCCAGCGUUUUUGGACAUUCCAUUUGCAUUGUGUUUCUUCCGGAAUAAUCCAAAUUGGGAACAUGCCAAAGAUACAGCUACAUGUAUUCAAGAUGAUUCUAUAAUUCGGCCAAUAGUUGCAAUAUUACCAGCAUGGUUUCGAUUUGCUCAAUGUAUACGCCGUUAUCGUGACACUAGAGAAACUUUCCCACAUCUCGUGAAUGCCGCAAAAUAUGCAACAUCUUUUUUUGUGGUGAUCUUUUCAUAUAAAUUUCAAUCAACACAUGAUAUGUAUCCCUCAUCAAGAGAGAAUCCAUGGUUCUAUUGCUGGAUUGGAGCAUCCAUAGCCUCCUCCUGCUAUGCAUACUGUUGGGACAUAAAAUUUGACUGGGGACUAUUCGAUUCUAAAGCUGGCGAUAAUAAAUUCCUUCGGGAGGAAAUUGUUUACUCUUCAACAUGGUUCUAUUACUUUGGAAUAUUUGAGGACUUUGUUUUACGAUUUGGAUGGACUCUUUCCAUGAGUCUGAUAGAAAAUGGCUACAUUGAGAGUGAAAGCAUGGUAACUAUACUAAGUCCUUUGGAAGUCUUUCGGCGUUUUAUGUGGAACUAUUUUCGACUGGAGAAUGAACAUCUAAAUAAUUGCGGAAAAUUUAGGGCUGUCCGUGAUAUAUCUGUGGCUCCUUUAGAUUGUUCGGAUCAGACUACAAUUCUGCGUAUGAUGGAUGAAGAAGAUGGAGUUGUCAAUCGUCGAUUGAAAACAAAAACUAGCAAGAAGAAAUCCGAACCAAGAUUUAUGCUGCAAGGUGAAUCAACGGAAGACCUUUAUGUCUGAUUUUUUUUACAAGGAAAAGUUUUAGCCACCCUAUUACCGGUCUCUGAUGGGUUAAGAAAGGUUUUGAGAGCUGCCAUGGCAGACUGAAGGCCGGAAGAAUAAAUCAAUUUCUAGUCAAUGUUUUUUUUUUUUGUCUUGAAUUAUUGCACGUAUUCAAACACAAUCUUAACUGUUUUAACCUAAUACAUAUAUUUGUAUGUGUAUGUAUAAUUUUGUUGGGUAUUUUUAUAUAAUAUUUUUUAUUAUGUAUGGAUUUUUAUUACCGUUUUGAAUGUGCUAAUUCUACGAUAUAUGCAAAUAUACAUGGUUGUUAAUUAAAAGUUAGUAUA